AUGAGCUCGAACUCAAACAAGGAAGAAGAUGAAGACUUUUUGUAUCUUGAACAAGUCCUGGAUUCGCUUUAUGACUUCGGUAAGUUUAACAGAUUGUUGCUUUUGUGUGACUUCUGUCCAAUAAUCUUAUUUGUUAUAUUCCUGUUGUCUUUUCUCUGCAUCACUUUUCUUCUUUGGCGUUUUCCUCUGCUUCGUCAGUCCGAGGCUCCUCAGACCGCAGAGCUGAAGCAGAAAAAACAAGAAGAACUCAGUUUGGAACAGGCUCGUCUGGAGGUCCAUCGCUUUGGAAUCACGGGCUACAAGAAGGAGCAGCAGCGUGUUUUUGAGCAGCACAGAGCGGUGAUGCUUGGAGCCCGGCCUCCUAAGAAGGACUUUGUCAACUACAAGGAGCUUCAGCGGCAGAUGAAAGAGAAGAAGCAGAAAGAAAAGGAGGAGUUCCAGCCUGACAAGAAGAAGAAAAAGAAGAGCAAUCAAAGAGACAAAAAGAAGUCCUCCUCUGGUGCGGGUCUGGGCUCGGCGCCCUCGGGCCAGGUGGGUCGGUUCAAGAAUGGCAUGCUGGUCCUCAACCCCAAGGAGAUCCAGAAAAUCAAAAGCAACAAGUGAAGAACAAAGGUUUGUUUCUACAUUUCUAACGCGACUUUGAGAAGAGCUCAAAUUAUUUAAACAAGUGUUUUAAAUUUGUGUUUGCAGGUGGAGUUAAUCUGAGGCUGGAGGUAGGAAGUGUUGCUCAGUGACUCUUCAGCAUCUCCUCGCAUCCAAACGGGGAAAAUGGCUGCUUUCCUGGCAUGAUGAUGAUGUCACCGGGCGUCGAGUCCAACACCCGCAAUCCUCACGACUGUUUAUUUAUUUCAUUUGUUAUUAAUGAUUCAGAGUUUUAAAAUGAUGCAGUUACAGUGUUUAUUUUUAUUUACAAACCAUGUCGUACAAAACACUUCCACUGGCAGCAGGAACAGAGACAUUAGAGGAUAAAGUUGGUGAUUUAAAAACAAACAAACCGUUUUUAUGAAGAAAUAAACACGUAUAUUAUAGAAAGGUGGUUUUUAUGCAGUACAAAUAAAUUAUUAACACUUCUUCACAUCUUUCCUUAAAGGAUGAAAACCGGGUUGGGCAGAAGUAACGUGGCAGUGCGCGGCUGAGCUAGGUCAGUUUCUCACAAAGUUCCUCUAAGCAGCAUUUAAAGAUUUGUUCCUAAAGAACGAAGCUUUGUGGAUUCUGUUUUAUCUUCAGGACAUUUUGAAGAUGCAAAGCUUUUUAAAAUUAUUAUUUUACUGGCAACCUUCGUUGUGGACUGAGUUCACAGAGAAGGUGAAAUAAAACAUGGCUGAAUAUUUACAGAUGGUAUAAAGCAAAAAAAAAAAAAGAUUUGCUGUUUUAAGUUAAUUAUGUAACAACCGUGGCGGCAUGCGUUCUCCCAGCACCAUAGAGGUUAAAUCUGAUGAAAGUCACAUUCCUGGGUGGGCGUCGUCGGGUAAAGGGACAUGCUCAACAAACACAAAACCACAUUUAUACAAAAGCAUCAUUUUCAGUCUUUUUCUUUUAAAUCUGUAACAAAAUAGUUGUUCUAAAUAAAAUAUCUUUUAAAAGUUAAACAACAUUGUGAACCUGCCCUGCUGAUUAGACUCUGCAUCUGGUGCAAAUGACCUAAAAACGGACCGUUAGACCGGGAUUUGAUAGAUUUCAUACAGUAAAUUUGUUCGUUGCUCAAAAUCAAAAGAUCUAUACAGAUAAAAACCUGACAUGUAAAUAAAACUGUUUAAAUAUG